GAGUAAGGGAGAGUCGGGGGAGAGACGGACAGAGACAAAGGAGAGAGACAGACAGGAAGAGAAAGAGACUGCGCCCUGCCGGACAGAGUGAUCCACGUGGGGGAGAAGAGAGUAACAGCGCCGAGCUAUGGACGGAGCAGCUGAUUAAGAGAAGAAUAGACCGAGACAGACACAGCAGCUGUAGGGCAGCACCGAUCUUAAGGCAGUUCCACGUGAUGGGGGUCUCACUAACUCCAGCACUGUCUCUUUCCCCUUAGGCACACGUGGCUGUCUCGUCGGCCUGAUUGUGACUCUGUUUCAACAUUCUCGCUGCAGUUCACUAGUUGGCCUGUCUCUUUAGCUUCUUUGCUCUCUCUUGACCUUCCUUGUUGAUUCUUCUCUCUUGGCACUGUCUCUUACAGUUGCUUGUCUCUCUUUGACUGUCUCUUGCCCUCCAGUCGCCACAUGGCCGCUCUCAGUAGCCCUGGCUCCAGCCCCCAUCCCACCUCCCCCCGGGUGUACUUCCAGGCCCCUGGAGAGAGUGCUGAGGAGCCAGAGAGACGGCACCAGGGCAAAGUGACUGUCAAGUAUGACCGCAAGGAGCUGAGAAAGAGACUGCGCCUGGAGGAGUGGAUCCUGGAUCAGCUGGUGGUGCUGUAUGAUUGCCAGGAGGAAGAAAUCCCAGAGCUGGAAAUCGAUGUGGAUGAAUUACUGGACAUGGAGACAGAUGCGCAGAGAGGGGAGAGGGUUAAGGAACUCCUUGUUGACUGUUACAAACCCACAGAGGCCUUUAUAUCUGGACUACUGGAAAAGAUUCAGGGGAUGCAGAAGCUGAGUACCCCCCAGAAGAAAUGAUGCCCCCCAGAAUUGAGCUCAGAGAGGGGCAGACGUGGAUCGGCUCCGACAGAGUGCAAUAUCACAGGCUGUCAGGGUCAUUGGGUUCUCCUACCCGCAGAGGUGCAGUGUACCAGGCUAUCUGGGGUUCACAUGGAGGAGCAGGGGAACCCCUCCUUUUUAUAUGAGGUUUUUUUGUAGAAGUCUUUUUUUUAAUUAAAUAAAAUGUAAGAUAUUCAUCCAGUCCAAA